AUGUGGUCUUGGUUCGGUGGCUCGUCCGCGCAAAAGCGGAAAGAUGCGCCCAAGAACGCCAUCCUAGCGCUGCGGGAGCAGCUGGACAUGCUGCAAAAGAGGGAGAAGCAUUUGCAGAAUCAGAUGGAUGAGCAGGAGGCAAUAGCGAGGAGGAAUGUCUCAACAAACAAGAAUGCCGCCAAAGCCGCCCUCCGACGGAAGAAGCUCCACGAGAAAAACCUCGAGUCGACGCUGGCGCAGAUCGAGCAACUCGAGCAGCAGAUCUACGCGAUCGAGGCUGCCAACAUCAACCAGGAGACGCUGAACGCGAUGAAGCAGGCCGGCAACGCCAUGGCGCAGAUCCACGGCAAGCUGACCAUCGACAAGGUGGACGAAACGAUGGACAAAUUACGAGAACAACAGCAGCUCAGCCAGGAAAUCGCCCAGGCCAUCACGAGCAACCCCAUCGGCGAGCAGCCGGACGAGGACGAGCUGGAAGCCGAGCUGGAGGAGCUGGAGCAGCAGACCGUCGAGGAGAAGAUGCUCAAAACGGGGACGGUGCCAGUCGGCCAGCUGCCGAAUGUGGCCAACGGGGAGGUCAAAGGCAAAGCAAAGCAAACAACAGAAGAGGAAGACGAGGAAGCGGAGUUAGAGAAAUUGAAAGCCGAGAUGGCGAUGGGAUAG